AUGACGCACAUCCUCGACCUGCUCUAUGACAACGGCAAACGCGCCGCCGGCAUCAUCCGCGAUCUCACCAUGUGGUCCCUCCUCAUGUCCGCCUCCUACGCCAUCCGCACCCUCCACUACAGCGCCCCCCUCGACACCACCGCCCACGCAACCCUCCUCCUGUCAAGCUGCCUCACCCUCCGCUCGACCUGCCAGCUCUUCCACAUCGGCAUCCGCACCCUCGUUAUAUCACGCUGCCAAAACAUCGUCACAUCUAUCCACGGCCGCGUUCUCGCCGGCGUAAAGAUCGACCAGCACGACGUUGAUUCGCUGCACCAUUUCUGGUUCCGUGGACUGAGUCUGUUUAGGGCAGAGGAGGAGAAAAUCAGCAGUACGCAUGUAGGAAGAGAGGUUGAGGCGCCUCGGGGGUGGUUAAUGGAGAGGAGCUUGCCUGCUUCGGGAUACGUCAUUCCCGAGGACGAUUGA